CAACCAACGGCCACGAUUUUGAAGCUUUCAGUUUUCUUGCCUGCGUUCCUUCUUGGGAAGCUUCAAAAGUCCAAAGGCAAGCCAAUCAGAGAGCCCAUGUUGGUCCAAAAUGGCUGUCCCCAUUUUCUACGAUUCUUGUGGGUACACUCCUGGAACCCUCCUUUGUAUUCUUUUCUUUCUUCUUGUUUGUUGCUCCUUCACCUUCUUCCUGUAUUGCUCAGCAAGAAAAAGAACAAAAAAGUCCUAGUUUUCUGUAACUACUCACUGCGAUACUGCAAGUUAUAGUGAGGGAUGGGUAGCAUGACGAGUAAGCCAUGGCUCUUAUUUGUUCUGCUUUUAAUCCUCUCUUAUUACACAGCAUGCUUCUCCGUAGCUGGGGAUACCCUUUCGGCAGGUCAGUCUCUUUCAGAGAGCGACACCUUAUUAUCUCAAGGUAGCAAGUUUGAGCUCGGUUUCUUCUCACCAGGCAGUUCAUUAAAAAUCUACCUGGGCAUAUGGUAUAAAAAUUUUGAUGAAAAAAACCCUGUUUGGGUAGCAAAUAGAGAAAACGCCUUGUCUAACCGAUCUUCCUUAAGACUUAACCUCUCAGAAGAUGGCAAUCUACUCCUAUUUGGGAAUUCCUCCAACAUCCCAUUUUGGUUGACAAAUUUGACAUUUUCCGGGUCAAAUUUAACUGAAGCAGUACUUCGUGAUGAUGGGAAUUUUGUUUUGAGAGAUAGGUCGAACCCGUCUACUAUAUUUUGGGAAAGUUUCGACCAUCCAACCGAUACAUGGCUGCCAGGUGCAAAGCUUGGGAUUUAUAAGGUUGCUGGAAAACCACAGCAGCUCAUUUCAUGGAAAAAUAAAGAAGAUCCAGCACCUGGUGUGUUCUCGUUGGUGUUUGACCCAAAUGGAAGCAAUCAAUUUUUCUUAGAGUGGAACAGAUCCCAAGUCUAUUUGAGUUCUGGAGUUUGGAAUGGAAAAACCUUUGCCUUUGCUCCUGAGUUGACAUUGAAUAAUGUCUUCAACUACAGUUUUGUGUCAAAUGAAAAUGAAAGAUAUUUUACUUAUAAUCUUUAUGAUCCUUCUCGGCGUUCUAAAUUUCUGAUGACGUCUACGGGAAAUCUCCAGCAAAUGGCGUGGCUGUCUGGCCCUUUGCAAUGGAAUGUAUUUUGGUCUCAACCGGCGGUCCAAUCUAGAGUCUAUGGUUUGUGUGGUGCUUUUGGCGUGUAUCGUGAAAAUAGCUCGAGCCCCUGUGAAUGUCUAAAAGGUUUUGAACCAUUUUCGACGAACAACACCAGUCUAAAUGAUUGGUCAGGUGGCUGUGUGAGGAAAUUCCCUUUGCAAUGUGAAAACAAUACGUAUGCUAAUGGCAAAAAGGAUUGGUUCGUGAAGAUACCAUUCCUGAAAUUGCCCGUUAAUUCGAAAGCAUAUUCGGCAGCGAGUGAUAGGGAUUGUGAAGUGGCUUGCAUGAAUAACUGUUCUUGCACAGCUUAUGCUUAUAAUAGCAGCGGGUACUGUGUGAUAUGGGAAGGAGCUCUUUUGAACUUUCAGCAACUCUCAGAUGGUGGGGAGAUUAUGUAUCUCAGACUUGCUGCAGAUGAGAAUCAAAGUACCAAAGGCAAAAAGUGGAAAGUAUGGAUAGCUGUGCUAGUUCCAACAACAGGGAUUAUCUUAUGUCUCUUCAUUUGUUUUUCAACCAAAGGAAAGCUCAAACCCGGAGGAGAGAAGGCUUCAAGCAACAAUCUACUAUUAUUUGAUUUCGAUACAGAGCUCGAUGCAAUCAAUGAAAAAAUGAAUACCAACAAUAAUAUGAAGAAAAAAGAGAAGGAUUUUGAGUUACCACUAUUCAGUUAUGAGAGCGUAUCAAUUGCAACUAAUAAUUUUUCAGUUGUAAAUAAGCUUGGGGAAGGAGGUUAUGGACCUGUUUACAAGGGGCAAUUACUUAGAGGGCAGGAAGUUGCAGUGAAGAUGCUUUCAAAAAGAUCUGGACAGGGAAAUGAGAAGUUCAGAAAUGAGACAAUACUAAUUGCAAAACUUCAGCAUAAAAAUCUUGUCAGAAUCUUAGGUUGUUGUGUUGAGCGAGAUGAAAAAAUAUUAAUAUAUGAGUACAUGCCCAAUCAAAGUUUGGACGUCUACCUUUUUGAUCCAAUCAAGAACAAGAUGUUAGCUUGGGAGACACGUGUACACAUUAUUGAAGGGAUAGCUCAAGGACUUCUUUAUCUUCAUCAAUAUUCAAGGUUACGAAUCAUACAUAGAGAUCUAAAACCGAGUAACAUUCUCUUGGAUGGUGAAAUGAAUCCAAAAAUAUCAGAUUUUGGCAUGGCUCGAAUAGUUGGAGGUAAUGACACAAAAGCAAACACAAACCGAAUUGUUGGAACUUAUGGAUACAUGUCUCCGGAAUAUGCUAUCGAUGGUUUAUACUCGAUAAAGUCUGAUGUGUUUAGCUUUGGAGUACUGCUCCUAGAGAUUAUAAGUGGCAAGAAGAAUACUGGCUUCUAUAACACUAGUUCACUCAAUCUUCUUAGAUAUGCUUGGGAGUUGUGGGUAGAUGAUCGGAGUUUGGAGUUGAUAAAUCCAACAAUUGGGUAUCCUGCUUCUAGUUCUCUUCCGUUGAGAUUCAUUAACAUUGGCCUUCUUUGUGUCGAAGAAAGCCCUACUGAUCGACCUACCAUGCUUGAUGUAGUCUCAAUGAUUAGCGAUGAACAUGCAACUCUACCUAAACCCAAGCAACCGGCGUUUACCACAGGUCAAAACAUUAUGGACACAAAUCCAAAAAUUGACAGUGCCGAAAAUUGCUCAAAUAAUAACGUAACUAUUUCAACACUGGAAAGAAGAGGAAACAAAAGACAACUGGUAUGUUUUAGAUUUAGACCUUUGGAUGCAACCAACGGCCACGAUUUUGAAGCUUCAAGUUUUCUUGCCUGCGUUCCUUCUUGGGAAGCUUCAAAAGUCCAAAGGCAAGUCAAUCAGAGAGCCCAUCUUGGUCCAAAAUGGCUGUCCCCAUUUUCUACGAUUCUUAUGGCAUGCUUCUCCGUAGCUGGUGAUACCCUUUCGGCAGGUCAGUCGCUUUCAGAGAGCGACACUUUAUUAUCUCAAGGUAGCAAGUUUGAGCUCGGUUUCUUCUCACCAGGCAGUUCAUUAAAAAUCUACCUGGGCAUAUGGUAUAAAAAUUUUGAUGAGAAGAACCCUGUUUGGGUAGCAAAUAGAGAAAACCCCUUGUCUAACCGAUCUUCCUUAAGACUUAACCUCUCUGAAGAUGGCAAUCUACUCCUAUUUGGGGAUUCCUCCAACAUCCCAUUUUGGUUGACAAAUUUGACAUUUCCCGGGUCAAAUUUAACUGAAGCAGUACUUCGUGAUGAUGGGAAUUUUGUUUUGAGAGAUAGGUCGAACCCGUCUACUAUAUUUUGGGAAAGUUUCGACCAUCCAACCGAUACAUGGCUGCCAGGUGCAAAGCUUGGGAUUUAUAAGGUUGCUGGAAAACCACAGCAGCUCAUUUCAUGGAAAAAUAAAGAAGAUCCAGCACCUGGUGUGUUCUCGUUGGUGUUUGACCCAAAUGGAAGCAAUCAAUUUUUCUUAGAGUGGAACAGAUCCCAAGUCUAUUUGAGUUCUGGAGUUUGGAAUGGAAAAACCUUUGCCUUUGCUCCUGAGUUGACAUUGAAUAAUAUCUUCAACUACAGUUUUGUGUCAAAUGAAAAUGAAAGAUAUUUUACUUAUCAUCUUUAUGAUCCUUCUCAGCGUUCUAAAUUUCUGAUGACGUCUACGGGAAAUCUCCAGCAAAUGGCGUGGCUGUCUGGCCCUUUGCAAUGGAAAGUAUUUUGGUCUCAACCGGCGGUCCAAUCUAGAGUCUAUGGUUUGUGUGGUGCUUUUGGCGUGUAUCGUGAAAAUAGCUCGAGCCCCUGUGAAUGUCUAAAAGGUUUUGAACCAUUUUCGACGAACAACACCAGUCUAAAUGAUUGGUCAGGUGGCUGUGUGAGGAAAUUCCCUUUGCAAUGUGAAAACAAUACGUAUGCUAAUGGCAAAAAGGAUUGGUUCGUGACGAUACCAUUCAUGAAAUUGCCCGUUAAUUCGAAAGCAUAUUCGGCAGCGAGUGCUGGGGAUUGUGAAGUGGCUUGCAUGAGUAACUGUUCUUGCACAGCUUAUGCUUAUAAUAGCAGCGGGUACUGUGUGAUAUGGGAAGGAGCUCUUUUGAACUUUCAGCAACUCUCAGAUGGUGGGGAGAUUAUGUAUCUCAGACUUGCUGCAGAUGAGAAUCAAAGUACCAAAGGCAAAAAGUGGAAAGUAUGGAUAGCUGUGCUAGUUCCAACAACAGGGAUUAUCUUAUGUCUCUUCAUUUGUUUUUCAACCAAAAGAAAGCUCAAACCCAGAGGAGAGAAGGCUUCAAGCAACAAUCUACUAUUAUUUGAUUUCGAUACAGAGCUCGAGGCAAUCAAUGAAAAAAUGAAUACCAACAAUAAUAUGAAGAAAAAAGAGAAGGAUUUUGAGUUACCACUAUUCAGUUAUGAGAGCGUAUCCAUUGCAACUAAUAAUUUUUCAAUUGUAAAUAAGCUUGGAGAAGGAGGUUAUGGACCUGUUUACAAGGGGCAAUUACUUAGAGGGCAGGAAGUUGCAGUGAAGAUGCUUUCAAAAAGAUCUGGACAGGGAAAUGAGGAGUUCAGAAAUGAGACAAUACUAAUUGCAAAACUUCAGCAUAAAAAUCUUGUCAGAAUCUUAGGUUGUUGUGUUGAGCGAGAUGAAAAAAUAUUAAUAUAUGAGUACAUGCCCAAUCAAAGUUUGGACGUCUACCUUUUUGAUCCAAUCAAGAACAAGAUGUUAGCUUGGGAGACACGUGUACACAUUAUUGAAGGGAUAGCUCAAGGACUUCUUUAUCUUCAUCAAUAUUCAAGGUUACGAAUCAUACAUAGAGAUCUAAAACCGAGUAACAUUCUCUUGGAUGGUGAAAUGAAUCCAAAAAUAUCAGAUUUUGGCAUGGCUCGAAUAGUUGGAGGUAAUGACACAAAAGCAAACACAAACCGAAUUGUUGGAACUUAUGGAUACAUGUCUCCGGAAUAUGCUAUCGAUGGUUUAUACUCGAUAAAGUCUGAUGUGUUUAGCUUUGGAGUACUGCUCCUAGAGAUUAUAAGUGGCAAGAAGAAUACUGGCUUCUAUAACACUAGUUCACUCAAUCUUCUUAGAUAUGCUUGGGAGUUGUGGGUAGAUGAUCGGAGUUUGGAGUUGAUAAAUCCAACAAUUGGGUAUCCUGCUUCUAGUUCUCUUCCGUUGAGAUUCAUUAACAUUGGCCUUCUUUGUGUCGAAGAAAGCCCUACUGAUCGACCUACCAUGCUUGAUGUAGUCUCAAUGAUUAGCGAUGAACAUGCAACUCUACCUAAACCCAAGCAACCGGCGUUUACCACAGGUCAGAACAUUAUGGACACAAAUCCAAAAAUUGACAGUGCAGAAAAUUGCUCAAAUAAUAACGUAACUAUUUCAACACUGGAAGCCCGAUGAAAUGUCUACUAUAUCAAAGAAAAUAAAUGUUGUAGAACCAAUCCUUUUGUUUGAUUUUUAUGCACGAUGAUAUAUAUGCUACAUGCGUGUCACUAAA